GCCCGUGUGAGCUGAGACCGCCGUUAACGCAUCGAUAAACGAUCGGCGGGACAGUGGCACAAUAUAUCUAACUUUUUAAGAAGUCUUCUUUUUAUCGUUGUCUACACCACUACUUGAGAGUCUCCUUCAUCAAUCCCGUGAUGUUGCUGAAAUCGGCUAAACCAUUUGGAUUAGCGUGCGGAACACGGAUUUCGAACAUGAGUUGGUUUCUGCAGCGCUCGAUGCGGAGAGUGUUCUGAGAGAUUUCGACUGCGUGAAACCCGCCGCACAGGAAUUACCCAGUUAGCCAGCAGUAGCUUAUUCGGUUCAGGGAAUUUUGUCUGUGUAUAUUUAUUUUAAUCCAUUGGAUGGAGUACUUUGGACAGACGUGAACAUAAUCAACUUUUAUGGCGUUUCGGGACCUGAUGUGGAGAGAUGGAUAAAUGUUUCUUGGUUGUGGUCAAGAACUAGAAAAAACGUAGAGCACAGUUUUUGCAUGUGCCAUCUCGACAAGUAUCUUUGCUCUAACAAGGAAAACACAGCAGACACUUUAUGCUUAGUUUUUCCAAUGCCCAUCACAGUUUGUGCUCAAUCGCUGCUGUUCCUGCGCAGAACACCAGGUUCUAACGAGUGUCUCCAGUGUCUCAACUAUACCCUGGUCUCCGGACACCGUGACCUUUCCUAGGUCAGUGUUGAGAACUUUGUUAAUCGAUGAAUAAAAUAAAAACAUAACGCAUAACUGGCCACCUGACGGGGAGGUAGCGACGCCUGAUCGCACGGAGCGAAAAGCCGAAUCCCUCGCAACAGUGGUCCAUCUGGACUAACGACGAUUUUCAAAGAGGGACACAAACGGGAGAAAAGGAUUUCAGAGUUUACGUCGAACGAUGCUAAUCACAAGCUACUGUGUGACGAGCUGUCAACGCGUAUAACCCACAUGCGCGUCUGUUGAUUUUGGAUAGAGACGGGCGACAACAACAACGAUUUGCCAUCGAUCUGAAUGCUCUUAUCGCGACUUUAAUUCCUGGGCUUCACUAAAUCUUCUGAACAUGGCUGGGUCUGGAAGCUGUUGGAAGAAAUACCUCUGGAUUUUGACCAUCCUUUGCAGAUGUGCUUUACCUAUAGCCAAAUCACUGGAGGCAGUGGUAUGGAGCUCACAGAAUUCCAAUUUUGUACAGGGAAAGGGGUUGGUGAUUUACCCCAUGAUCGGGGACAAACUGGACAUCAUCUGCCCCAAGGGCGACAGCGGUCGGCCGUACGAGUUCUUCAAGCUCUACCUGGUGAAGAAGGAGCAGGCCGAGUCGUGCAGCACCGUGUUGGACCCCAACGUGCUGGUCAACUGCAACAAGCCUGAGAAGGACAUCAAGUUCACCAUCAAGUUCCAGGAGUUCAGCCCCAACUACAUGGGCCUGGAGUUCAGGCGCAACUUCGACUACUACAUCACCUCCACGUCUAACGGGACCCUGGAGGGCCUAGAGAACCGGGAGGGGGGUGUGUGCACCACGCGAUCCAUGAAGAUCAUCAUGAAAGUGGGCCAGGACCCAAAUGCUCCCGAGUCAACUGACCCGGCAAAGCCAGACAAAGAUCAGGACAACAAAAUCCCCGAGUCCCCACCGGACAGAAGCAAGGAGCCAGAGGGGCCUGUCAUGCCUGGAAACAAAGCAGAAACAAUCAACCAGGACAACAGCAAUUCCGACCCGGCCGAAGGGAUCUUCAGCUCCAAGCCGGCCCUUUUCGCCGCCAUCGGUGCCGGCUGCGUCAUCUUCCUCCUCAUCAUCAUCAUCCUCAUCGUCCUGCUCAUCAAGCUGCGCAAGCGCAGCCGCAAGCACACGCAGCCGCGCGGGACCGCGCUCUCGCUCAGCACGCUGGCCACGCCCAAGGGGGCGGGCGGCGCCGGCUCGGAGCCCAGCGACAUCAUCAUCCCGCUGCGGACGACCGAGAACAACUACUGCCCACACUACGAGAAAGUGAGCGGCGACUACGGUCACCCCGUCUACAUCGUGCAGGAGAUGCCGCCGCAGAGCCCGGCUAACAUCUACUACAAAGUCUGAGAGAGAGAGAGAGAGAGAGAAAGAGCAGAGAGAAAGAGUGAAAGAGCGAGAGAGUGAGAGAAAAGAGAGAGGGGUGAAGGAGAGAGGGAGAGUGGGAAAAAGGAGGAGAGAGUGAGUGGAAGCAAGGAAAUGGACUGACUUCAAUACGGGACAGCUCUAUGGAAAAAAGAGAGAGAGAGAAGAGGAGAGGAGAGUUCCCUAAUCCUGACCCGUUCCUGUACUUUUUUCCCCCUUACUACCUAGUCUGUGUGAUGUGCGAUGAAAGACUUGUUUCAUGUCCAGGAGUGGACGGGCCAGCGGCGCCGUCAGGAGGAAGAGAGGGCAAAACACGGACUUAAGCUGCGGAGGAAGAGGAGGAAGACGUGGGAGAGGAAGAAAAGGGAAAGAGUGUGAGAUUCGGGUGUAAGCCAGCACUCGCUUCCCCUCUGGCCUCUGGCUCCAACCACAUCCUGUCUCCUCUCCAAAAUGGACGC